UUAGUCAUCAUGUUUACAAUUUUUAUCUAUGCUCUUUGUUCUAAUCAGCUGUAACCAUUGACUGCAAUUAUAAGAUAACUGUUAUAGUUUUGCAGUCACGUAAUUUGUGACCGUCUGUUUCUGUUGCGUGCCAACUACCAAAAUUUCGGUGUGCAAAAGACGAACGUCAUUUCCUAUAAUGACAAAUACCGUAAUUUUGGUAAAUCUUUCGUGUGAUAUAAUUUCCUCGUUUAAGUUUUAAAAUGAAAAUAAAACGGAUUUGCCAAUCGGUCGACUUACGUUUUGCAAUUUUAAUUAAACGUUACCGUAUCCAAUUGAAAUAAAUUAACCUAAAAUUAUGCGUCAAAAAUCAAAAAGAAUAUGGCUAACAAAGCAGAUAUAGACAUUGAAAGCUGGGAAGAUAUCGACGGCACUGAUGUUUUCGAUGAGAAACUGCAGACACUGGUGUCUUCGAAUAGGAUAGAUAUAGAAAAUAACGUAUGCUUUAAUGGAACAAACGGAACCCCAAUCAAUAUCAUUUUAACAGGUGAUGAUGCCUUACGAUCUCAAUAUGUGCCUCCUGAACCGACGGUGAAAAUACUUAAGAGACCUAUUAGAAACACCCUAACGAGUGAUGGCAAAGUACAACAACCCAAAAAAACCUUACAACAGCGCGAAGAAGAAUACGCUCAAGCUCGGCUCAGAAUAUUAGGUGAAGCACAAAACUCGGACGGAGUAGAGGAAAAAGUCAUAUGCAGUAUACAAAGUAAACCAGUACGAUGCGAGGUAGAUAGUGUCGUUAGACUUCCAAAAGGUCCAGACGGUACUAAGGGUUUUAAAAUUCGUAGAUAAUAUUCAAGUAUAUUUAAGUAUAGAAUAAGAUUUUUUAAAUUUUACAAGAAUCAAACGGUUUGAAUUUUUUUCUGAGUAAGUGAAGCUCUUGUCGGUUGUAUAUACUUAACAUUAUUAUUUAAGUUGUGAUUUGCGUUAUAAAUUAUUGUAAAUUUUUGUAUGUGAAUAUAUUGUCAUUAUUUCUACAUACUGUAUU